AUGCAGGGCUUCAAGCUGAGUGAUAGCAAGAUCCUAAGGAAGAUAUUAAGCAGGAAUUCAUCAGAGACCAGGCAAGAAAUUUCUAGUUCAAAUCAAACAUCAAAAAAUUCAUCAAGACAAUUCUAUCAUCAAACCAAAAAGAUCUUUGUUGGUUCAUGGAACAUUGGAGGCAUUGCACCACCUCAGGAUUUAAACAUUGAAGAUUGGCUUGACACACAUAAUGAUUAUGCAGAUAUUUAUGUUCUAGGGUUCCAAGAAAUUGUGCCUUUAAAUACAGCAAAUGUAUUAGGUCCACAGAACAAGAAAAAUUCUAUGAAGUGGAAUUCACUUAUUGGAGCAACCCUUAACAAUAAAAAACCAAUAAAGAUAGUUGAAGAGAAAAAAGCAGAACCUCAGAAGAUAUAUCCUAUGAAGGAACAAGUUUGUGAAGAGUUUGAAAAUGUUGAUGAUUUUCAAUGCAUCAUAAGUAAGCAAAUGGUGGGAAUGUUCAUUACUAUUUGGGCAAGAUGUGACCUUUAUCAACCUAUUCGACACUUGAAUGUCUCAUCUGUUGGCUGUGGGAUUAUGGGUUGCUUGGCGAACAAGGGUUCAAUAUCAAUUAGAUUUGUGUUGCAUGAAACAAGCUUUUGCUUUAUAUGUAGCCAUUUAGCUUCUGGUGGGAAAGAAGAAGACAAGAGACAAAGAAAUGUUAAUGCAAAUGAUAUUUUGUCCCAAACAAGCUUCCCUGCAGGUCCUCAGCAAGAUAUGCCUCGAAACAUUAUUGACCAUGAUCGAGUUGUGUGGCUGGGAGACUUGAACUACAGGAUAGAUAUGCCACACUUUGCAACACAUUCAUUGAUCAAGAGAAGAGAAUGGGGAACCUUGUUGAAACAUGAUCAGCUUAAGAUGGAGCUUAAAGAGGGUCAUGUAUUCCAAGGUUGGCAUGAAGGAGCUAUAGAGUUUCCACCUACAUACAAAUACCUUCCAAAUUCAGAUGAUUACAUAGGAUGUGAUGAGAAUCACAUGAGCAGAAAGAGACGCUCCCCAGCAUGGUGUGAUAGAAUAAUAUGGUUUGGAAAGGGCAUGAAUCAAAUCCAAUAUAACAGGAGUGAGUCAAAAGUUUCUGAUCAUAGACCGGUAAGAGCAAUGUUCACAGCUGACAUCAAGGUUGCAGAAGCAAAUUGUAAAUGA